AUAUCCCAGAUUCUAUUAGCAGGCUGCACAUCCCUGCUGUGAAUGCUUCCCCACUGCCAGACCUACGACAGGAGCCGCCACAGCCACUGGACACAUUCAAACAUGUUGUAGGACCUUCACUCACUGGACGUAAAGGGAUCGGCUUCACUGGACAACACAGCGAGUUCAGCAUGGAGGCCAGGGGCUCGGGGACACCGGAGGAGGAGGGGGCGGGCCAGAGGGAUCGCGUCAGUUUGGCUUCCUCUUCUUCGGGCCGCUACGGCUCCAUCGCCGGCGGCCUGGCCAAGUCCACGACCCCCCUGGUGGGGGACGCGGCCCUGUCGACCCGGCGGUCCUACCUGGCCGUGGCGGUCCUCUGCUACCUCAAUCUGCUCAACUUCAUGGACCGCUACACCAUCGCAGGCGUCCUCCUCAAUAUCCAGAAGUUCUUUGACAUAAACGACAGCACCUCUGGUCUUCUUCAGACAGUUUUCAUUUUCAGUUUCAUACUAUUGGCUCCAUUGUUUGGUUACCUUGGCGACCGUUACAACAGGAAGUGGAUCAUGAUUGGAGGCCUGAGCGUGUGGCUUGUGAUGACUUUAUGCGGCUCCUUUGUCAAUAAGAAGUACUUCUGGGUGCUGGUGCUGAUGAGGGCCCUGGUUGGGACGGGGGAGGCCAGCUACUCCACCAUCGCCCCCACCAUCAUAGGAGACAUGUUCUCCGGGGGUCGCCGAACCAUCGCUAUCUCCCUCUUCUACGUCGUACUCCCCGUCGGAAGCGGUCUGGGCUACAUCAUGGGAUCCACCAUAGCCACCGCCACCGGGGACUGGCGCUGGGCUCUGAGGGUCUGUCCCGUCCUGGGCGCGGUGGGCGUGGUGCUGCUGGUCUUCCUGUGUCCCAACCCCCCCAGAGGAGCGUCUGAGACCCGGGGUCAGGGGGUCGCAGGGCGGAGCUCCUACCUGGAGGACAUCAAGUACCUCCUGAAGAACAAAAGCUUUGUGUGGUCGUCCCUGGGCAUCACGUCCAUGUCGUUUGUGACGGGGGCGCUGGCCUUCUGGGCGCCCACCUUCCUCAGCAGAGCCCAGGUGGCCCAGGGGAGCCGGCAGCCCUGCGUGGCGGAGCCGUGUGACACCUCCGACAGCUUCAUCUUCGGUGCCGUCACGGUGGCGAGCGGGAUCUUCGGCGUGGGCCUGGGCACGCUCCUGACCCGGGGGCUCAUCGGCCGCGUGCCCCACGUGGACCCCCUCAUCUGCGCCGUGGGCAUGCUGGGCUGCAUCCCCUGCCUGCUGGCCGCCAUCUUCCUGGCCGCCAGAAGCAUCCCCGUCACAUAUGUGUUUGUUUUCCUCGGGGAGACACUGCUGUCACUCAACUGGCCCAUCAUGGGUGAUAUAGUGCUGUACGUGGUGGUGCCGACGCGCCGUGCCACCGCCAUAGCGCUGCAGAUUAUGGUCUGCCAUCUCCUGGGCGACGCGGCCAGCCCCUACAUCAUCGGAGUGAUCUCUGAUUCGCUGAGCGCCUACGACCCGGGCUCCCCGCAGUGGCGCUUCCACAGCCUGCAGUACAGCUUCCUGCUCUGUCCCGCCGUCGCCGUGCUGGGCGGAGUCUUCUACCUGGUCAACGCCCUGUACAUCACACGGGACAAGAUGGCCGCCCAGCGCUUCUCCGAAGGUGAACAGCCCACUGUGCUUCCAAAGUUGGGUUCACCUUAAACUCGUUGCCAAGGAGCCAACACCGACACAUGUUACCGAUAAUGUUCAGGAAUAUCAUAAUAAACAAAUUGGAACAAUGA